AUGGAAAAGUUAACUAAUUUUGAUCGUAUUCAGAUUAUCAUGAUAAAUUUAGACUUAGAAAUAACUGGUGGAAUAGGUGUGGAAUUUAAUAUAAACACAGUUUUUACAUUUUGGGAUUAUGUUAAUACAGUUAUAAAAGAUCUAGAAGUGCAAAUCAUGGAAAAUAAUAAAAACAUAGAUAGUUCUUAA